CUUCAGCUGGUGCUGCUUUCACUGGUGGGCGUGGCUGCCUGCAGCACCUCCCUCAUCGGGGCGGAUCGAGCGAGGGACGUGGAGCUGCAGUACACCUUCGUCGACGGCGCCGGGCAGAAGGUGAGGGAGGUCGAGGCCGAGCGCCUGGGCCUGUCCCUCCGGAAGCAGCCCGACUCGGAGCUGGACGUCGAGAAGGAGGUCAUUUCCGACGGCGAGGAAGCUUCUUCUGUCGACGCCGCCGACGCCCCGGCACCGAAAGCCGCGGCGCGACUGCGCUUGGCUCCGGCUGCCACGUCUGUCGUCCGACCCCGCUUAGCUCAGGCCGAGGCCGCCCCUCGAACUCGCCUCGUCCAAGCUGCUCCUCGGAGACAAGUGGACACUCGUUUCGUUCAAGUGGGAGCCGUUCCUGCUCCUCAGCCUGAGGUGGAGACGCGCUACGUUCAGGCUCCUGCCCCACAGCCUCAAGUAGAAACGCGUUUCGUCGAAGUAGAGGCCGUUCCUCCUUCUCGCCGUGAGGUGGAAACGCGUUUCGUCCAAGUGGAGGCCGUUCCUCCUCCUCGCCGCGAGGUAGAAACCCGUUUCGUCCACGUCCCCGUCUUCCAGCCCGAAGUGGAAACCCGUUUCCUCCUAGCAGAAGCUGUCCCUGCACCUUACGAAGUGGAAACGCGUUUCGUCCACGUCCCCGUUGCCCAGCCCGAAGUGGAAACACGUUUCGUCCAAGUGGAGGCCGUUCCUGCUCCUCACCGCGAGCUGGAAAUUCGUUUUAUUCAGGUCGGGGCUGCUUCUCGACCCGCCGUGGAAACUGCCUUCGUCCACAGCGGCGCCGCCCCGCUGACUCGCCUGCUGGAGCGAGACGACUACCCGUUCCCCGCCGGCCUCUCCGCGGGCCACCGCGCUCGGCGCCCCGCCCUCCGAGGCCACUUCUCCCACUCGUACGCCGGCGACAGCGGCGAGAAGUGA